AUCGUCUGCAACACAUUCGCUAAGGGAGAAUGGGGAAAGGAAGAGAGAAAGAGCAAUCCCUACAAGAAAGGAGACGACAUCGACAUCCGUAUCCGUGCUCACGACAGCAAGUUCCAGAUCUUUGUUGACCAGGUAAUGAAGUUUGUUGCAAUUCCAACUUUUUACAAUUUUGUAUAA